CGGAGGAUAACACAAAGUGGUUAUUAAGUUGAGUGAGGAUUUUAUUUUAAAUUUAAAUCGUCGUGCCGGGAUUCAAAAUGACGGGAAAUGUACUGAAAAGCCCGGUAGUGUGUGCGACAGAAGAGGAAUUGAACUUAUUACAUCAACAGUACGAUUUAACUGAUAGAAAGAAAAUUCGUGAUGACAUCAUGGUUCUAAAAGAUUGGAUGAAAAAGGAAAGCCAUUUAGUCGCGGCCUCCGAAUAUUUUUGUGGUAACGUUAUAGAGCGAUUGUACUUCGUAGGUAAAGGAUCUGUUGAAUUAACCAAAGCAAGGAUUGACAAAUACUGCACAACCAGAAGUCUGGCUCCUGAACUAUGUCUUAAUAGAAAUGUAGACGAAUUUGCAUUUCUACGGACCAAAAUGCAAUACCUUAUUCUGCCGAAGCUAAAUCCCAAGGAUAACACUAGAAUACAUAUAACGCGAUACCUCACAUCAGAUUUGGACGAUAUUCCCCUACUGUUGAUGUUGAGGUGGAUACUAAUGGAACUAGACUACUCUUCGUGCGUCGAUCAUCAUUUUGGUGUCAGAUGCAUAGUGGACUACAGCAACUUCCCAAUGAGCUACAUAUUGAAGAUAAAUCCCAUGCUGGUGAAGAAAAUUGAGCUGCUUGGUGCGAAAGCCUACGGUUUAAAAAUUAAAGGCAUUCACAUGAUCAACGUUCCGAGUUUCCUUGAUAAAAUAAUGACUAUCAUUAAGUCGAGUUUGAGUGAAAAGUUAGCAGGAAGAAUCAACGUGUAUUCGACCUACGAUGACUUGUAUGCUGACAUUUCCAAAGAUAUUCUGCCCAAAGAAUAUGGAGGCAACGGUGCAACCUGCGCUGAAAUAUCAGAUCAAUGGAAAGAUGCUCUACAAUCGGAAGAUGGGAAGAAAAUAAUACAGGACAUAGAGAAGGUAACGGCCGACGAAACAAAACGAAGCUCGUGCAAGUUCAACGAAGAAUAUUUGGGGAUGCCCGGCUCUUUUAGGACGCUUAGCGUGGACUAAGGGGGCUAUUCACAAUUGCCGUUCGGCUCAGGAGGCCUCCUCUAAAAUGGCGCAUUGAUAUCUUCAGA